GUGCGCAUGGGGCGCUGGCUUAGUAAAAUUGCAUAAUCUUCAAACCCACUAUGACUUUCAUGCAUGUCGUUUCAAGUCAGUGUCUGCAGACGCCGUUCUGCCCACUGUGUAGACUAAAAGGUGGUUCAGCAGCAUCUCCGUGCACCAAGCGUUGGGGCUUUAUUGCAGCUGAUCUGUGGAAUCUUAUAGAAAUGCUGGUUUAUGUGGCGCAAAUCUGCCAAAUAAAUAAAUAAAUAAAUACAUUUAUCUGGGUGACGCAAAACAGAAAUAAGACUCGUUAUUGAGGACGUUAUCUAUAGGUGUCUACCAGAGACAGAGGCUACCUUCGCAGCCACCGGCUCGAACUCGGAGAGUCGCUCCGGUGCGGAGGAAAGAAGAAGAUCAUUUUGCUGAUCCCAGCACUUUCGGUUAAUAAGGGAAGCACCAACACCUCCUUGGACGUCUUCCUCCGCCCUUUUUUUUUUUUUUUUUUGCCAAUCUUAACCUCACGGCACCCUACCCGGAGGAAAAGAGUCGGGGAGGAGAAAGCGAGGACACACCCGCACAUACUGUACGCGGUGUACACAGCAAGGAUGCUGCAGACAACAUGAGGUGAAUAUCAUCGACUGUUCAAAUUGGAAAUCUGUUUUCCCCCACCUGCACUGGAGACUGGAGAACCGGUUGCCGCAGCCGGUCAUAGCCAUCCACCUCCCUGACACCAGCGGGAGCAUCCAGCCUCACCCAGAGAGGAAAAAGAUGUCUGUAGUCAGAUCCUAGGUGAUCAUCUUCUGGCCUUCAGGUCUUUACUCUGUUGAGUCCCCACCCUCUCCUGGAGCCCACCUGCAGUUCUCCAGGCUGCAGGACCCAGACGUCCUAAAAGGUGCAGGCCUCCUUGCCCUGCAGAAUGACUGUUGCCACAGGCGACCCCUCUGACGAGGCAGCUGCACACCCAGGGCACCCCCUGGACUACGACCCAGAGGCCGACCAUGAAUGCUGUGAGAGGGUGGUCAUUAACAUCUCAGGGCUGCGCUUUGAGACACAACUCAAAACCCUCUCUCAGUUCCCAGAAACUCUGCUGGGGGACCCCAAAAAGAGGAUGCGCUACUUUGACCCGCUAAGGAACGAAUACUUUUUUGACAGAAACAGACCAAGCUUUGAUGCCAUAUUAUAUUAUUACCAAUCAGGAGGCCGAUUGAGAAGGCCAGUCAAUGUCACUCUUGAUAUUUUUUCUGAGGAAAUUCGCUUUUAUGAGCUCGGUGAGGAGGCCAUUGAGAUGUUCAGAGAAGAUGAAGGUUUCAUCAAGGAGGAGGAAAGGCCUCUUCCUGACAAUGAGUUCCAGAGACAGGUGUGGCUUCUCUUUGAGUACCCAGAGAGCUCAGGUCCUGCUAGGAUUAUUGCCAUAAUUUCUGUCAUGGUCAUCCUGAUAUCUAUUGUUAGUUUCUGCUUGGAGACUCUUCCCAUAUUCCGCAAUGAUGAGGACGAAUUGCACAAGUCCCAUGCUCAAAUUUUUUCACCUGAGACCAACUCUACAAUAAUUAGUUACACAUCCACCUACUUCACCGACCCCUUCUUUGUCCUUGAAACUCUCUGCAUUAUAUGGUUCUCCUUUGAAUUUUUAGUGCGCUUCUUUGCCUGCCCAAGCAAAGCAGGCUUUUUUGGUAACAUAAUGAACAUUAUUGAUAUUGUUGCCAUCAUUCCUUACUUCAUCACUCUUGGUACCGAGCUGGCAGACAGGGCAGAGGAUGGUCAGCCAGGUCAGCAAGCCAUGUCUUUAGCCAUUCUCAGGGUCAUCCGCUUGGUACGAGUCUUCAGAAUCUUUAAACUGUCCCGUCACUCCAAGGGGCUUCAGAUUUUAGGUCAGACCCUUAAAGCCAGUAUGAGAGAGCUCGGCCUCCUCAUUUUUUUCCUCUUUAUAGGGGUUAUCCUGUUUUCCAGUGCAGUUUACUUUGCUGAAGCAGAUGAGCCUGAAUCACAGUUUGAGAGCAUCCCAGAUGCAUUUUGGUGGGCUGUGGUGUCCAUGACAACAGUCGGCUAUGGUGAUAUGGUCCCGACAACAAUUGGUGGCAAGAUUGUGGGCUCCCUCUGUGCCAUUGCAGGUGUGCUUACCAUUGCCUUGCCGGUGCCUGUCAUUGUGUCCAACUUCAACUACUUCUAUCAUCGUGAGACUGAAGGAGAAGAGCAGGCUCAGUAUCUCCAGGUCAAUGUGCCCAAAACGGAUUCAGUGGAGGAGCUAAAGAAGAGCCGGAGCGGCUCCACCAUCAGUAAAUCAGACUACAUGGAGAUUCAGGAGGCUGUCAACAACAGCAAUGAGGACUUUCAGGAGGAGAACCUUAAGACAGCAAACUGCACACUCGACAACACAAACUAUGUAAACAUCACCAAGAUGCUCACAGAUGUGUAGUCUGCAUAUUUUUCCUCCAGUUACGGUGGGAAAUAUAAAACUGUACAACUGGAUGGGACAACAAAUACCUAUAUCCUCCUACCACACGUGAUUGAAAAAUCAAGGCAAUAUAAUACAGAAUGUCAGUGAUGAUGAUUGAGAGAUAUUCCAAAUGCAAUUUCUUCCCUUUGCACCAAUCAAGUCUCCACUUUUCAUAAUGUUCUCUUUAAAACUCCUAAAAAAAUUCUGAGGUUCUAAAUUUUUAAUUUGUGCAUGGAGUUGUCCUUGUCUGAUCAGCUGCUAGAAAAAAACACAAUACCUAAAAAUGUCCUGCUCAACACUGUAGCCAACAGUUGCACACACAGAAAAGAAACAAAAGUAAACACAAACUUCACGCUUUUGAACCCUGCCCUUUUAUCCGUCAUUUACCAGAGCACGCAUCUCUCGCUUUCUGAAGAGCUAGUUGUGUACUACAUAUGCUGCUCUUUGGAGCUAAUGGUACAAAACUGUCUUGUGCUUCAGCAUUUAGAGCUAAUGGUAUGUGUGAGCCAAGCCGGCACUAAAGCUAAUAUGGCUUGUGGGUGACUUAUAACGAGGCUGGUGGUUAAGUACACCAAGUUAUUAGAAGGAUGAAUGACAGCCAACAGCUCUAAGCUUAUGGUUUGACACCCUUUCCUCUUGUAGACAUCAGUAUCUGAUGAAUGACUGACAAUGGCCUUGAAUCUUCACUGCUUUGGUCUUAUAUGUACUCUGUAUUGCAAUGCAAGAUUUCCCACCUCCAUUCACCCAUACUGGUCUUACUGCAAAGCUUUGAGACAUCUUGAAUGUUUCUUCUUGUUUAGUAUUUCACUGUUUCACUCUUACAGUGCUUAUCCAUUUAGAUAGGUAGCUUAACUGUGACUUAACUGAUAUCCAAUAUGUAGGUAGGAAGAAUUAUAGUCAGUAGAUUACUGCAUGACAUUUUUAUCUCAAAGAGAAGUUCCACUUGUUUCUUAACUGCCACUUGCUUCACCUGGCCAAUGUAUAUUUGUUUGUACACUGCCUUCUAUACAAAUCCACACUUUUAAAAGGAUGCCUGCAGGUAGCUAUUGACCUAAAACUAAGUCUGAGAACUUUUGAUUGAUUAAUAAUGUAAUUUUCUACACAUAACAAGAUGCGUAUCAAUAUAUACAUUCCAUCCAGAAGUUACUGCUGUUCAAAUUGUGCCACGGCGCUGCAAACUGAGCUGUGAUUAAGGAUGUAAACUCAUCCUCUGCUUUUGGAUAUAAAUCUCUGCCUCAGUGAUCAAAGUCCUGCUGCUGUGUCUGUUUCACGGGUUCAUCCAAUCGUGUCCUCGUUAUCAAAAUAGCAACUAUUAAGGAGUUGUGUGUUGAAAAAAAGAUGCUUUUCCUGCCUUUUGUCUGUGUUCACCUAGUGUUGCAUGACCUUAAAACAUUUCUAGCAUGCAUGUAAGCUAAAGCAGGAAGCAUCUAAGAGAAUAAAACAAAAUAUUGCAAUAGAUACAUUUAUUUCUUAUAUGUAAAACAAUGUAUCUUUAUAGGCAAAUCACAUAUACAGCACACAUAUGCUUUUAUUAGAGAUCUUAAAACCCUCAAGAGUAAGUGUGAGCUUUUCCACAAUGUGCAACUCAUAUUGUUAUUUUUAACAAUAUUAAUAAUUGUUCCUUUCAGAGUGCAAAGACAUGCUCUCAUUUGACAUCUUAAGAAGUUUUCUUGCCUGAGAACUGGCACAUGAUCUGUAUCUUAACCGAAACAUUUGUCUGCUUUGUUUCUAAACUGCCCUUGGUUGAUGUAGCUGUUCAACACCAGGUUGAUCUUUAAGCUGUAAACCCUAAACCGAGUUUUUUACGAUAAAGCUUUUACUAACAUUGGGUCGGUCACAAUAUAAGUGAAGUCUAACUGUCCCCUAAGACAUUUCUGAUGCCAGAAGAUCAUUAUAUGUUUAAAAGUUGGCCUUGGACAUGAAUUAAGCUCUGAGGUUGCAUAGAGCUAAGACUUUCCACAGUUCGCUCAACACUGCCAAGGUAACAGUCAAAGGCAGUAACAUCAAUAUGGGAGGUGAUAAUUAGCAGCAGUGUAGCAGACAUUGUCUGACCUAGUUAUGGUCUAUGGCAUGCCCCUGUCUCUUGCCUUUCUGCUUUUUCUCACGGAUGUCCAACACAGUCACAAAAGUUUAUUGCUAGGAGAAGGCGUGUAGCAAGAACUGUCUUGAUGAAUUCUGUAAAUGCAGGGUUUAUCUCCUUGUUGCUCGGGUUUCCUUUUGUCGUCACUACAGUCUCAACCUGCAGUAGCAAAAUGUUUCAAUGCCAUUGCUGCCAAUAUGUCCUCAGGAUGCAUCAUCCAACUGCCUGAUGUGAGGUCUCUUAAGUCGUUUCUGUCUAAACUGUGGGUUUUUAAAUAUUUUUUAUUUAAAUAAUUUCAUGGGUAGUUUAAGGUAAAAUGAGAUUUUAAAUAAUGACUAACUCAAGGUAGGGUAACAAUAAGUAGGUUUUUUUUAGCAACACACCCGAUCUACUUUGGUGGACCACAAUAUGUAAAAAGUGUAUGGUUCUUGAAUGAAAAACUUAUUUUAAUACACCUCAUCCAUUCAGUUGAGAUUUUUUCUCCCGGGUGCUGAUUUGGGUGUGUUAAUGCACAGCGAGCAGUAACGUACAUGUGUGACAGGGAAGGAGAAGAACUUCUGAAUGUCAGUAUCAUAGUCUGGUUCUACAGCUGCAUUUAUGCAACUGCCAUUUGCAUAUCUGUAUAUGUUGGGGAAAACUCACAGUCUGACCAAAAAUAUUUGUUUACGCAUUUAUGUAUCAUAUUUUUAUGCUUUCAUUUGUUUUUUGUUUAACACUUGAUAAAUGUUUGUACCUUGACAUUUAUCUUUAUUGUAAUAAGAGUGUUACUGUGUAUUAGCCCAACUCACUGUAGCAGCUCAUGCACUGGAGACUACAACAUGGUAGUUGAUCAUCCACAACUGUUUCUGCUUAUAGCACAAAAAAGAGUAGAGUUGACUUAAGGAAUAUUAUUUCUCACCCACUGAGGGACCCACCAGCAAAUUCCACUCCAUGAGCUGGAUGAACCGCAGUGAGAGAUCUAUGCAGAGAUUGAUUAUAAGCUGCUACUUUUUUUGAAAAUAGAAGGUUUCAGAACAGAUUUGAUUUAAUGUUUUAUCUGCCAUCAGUUCCAUGCUGGUUCAAAGAGCUGACCGAGCUUUUAAAAGGACCUGGAAGACAAAGCUGAAGCUUGAUAGCUGAAGGGGAAAUAUUAAUCGGCUGAGCUUUGGGCUUAUUUGAACUGCCAUGUCAGCUGUUUGCAGCAAGGUCCCCCGUUAUAACUCAACCAUACAAAGCAAGAUGAUCAAUAUGCAAACCAUGUGUAAGUGUAUGUUUGAGACUCUGUGUGCUUUCUUUUUCUGUUGAACCCAGAGGCUGAUGUGGCAUCCACUAAAACAAUAUGUACAGCUGUUCACCUCACCUCUGCUCUCCUGUAUCAUAGAGGCCUAAAACAUCCAACAAUGCUGAUACAGUGGAUAUGAUUUUUCUUUCUGUGAAAUGAAAUGUAGAACAAUAUUGUAAAUAAUCAUGAGGGAGAACGGAGAAAGAACACAUGUACUACAUAUUGUAUGUAACAUUUGGAUUCAAAAGUAGUAUUACCUGCACUUUACAACAAAAAGGACAAUCUAUGAACAAGAAAACAUGUAAAAUAAGAACCACGCAUACUUCCAAAUGAUCAUAACCAUGAAAAAGUAAUAUCAAUAAUGAAGCCAAUAAUUAUUCAACUGAAA